UGUGUUAAAUUGAAUUUAAAGGAUUAUUUUACUCAAACAAUGGUCUGUUAUGGCCUCGCAAUUGACUCCUCCACAAAGCCCUCAAGCACCAUCAUCUUCCUUUUGGCAGCUGAUUAGCGGAGUCGCUCAUGACCUAGAUUUGAUGCUCCAGGAUUUAUUUCCUGAUGCCAUCCCAUCACCUUUGAGAGAACAGUAUGGAUUUACGGAUGACAUCGCGUUGGACCACGAAUCCUUUGCCAACCAUGCCACUCUACUGGAGCAGUUCAUGCGAGGAGCUGGACCGGAUGCCGCCUUCCUCGAAGGUGGGCCUUCGGAUGCGUGCGGCGAGUACCGAAGCCGUAAGUCCCUGUUUGCGGAGACCCCAACCUCAGACAGCUGCGAUGUCUACUAUGGUGAGUAGUUCUUCAGUGAGCUCUGUCCAAGAGACAUCUGAUGGGGACAGCAGCCACACAAGCAGCAGUUUUGCUCCCUGUGACAUUGGACUUCUGGAACGCUUAAUUCGCACACAUCCCAUUUGGUUCCUCCCAGGGAUUGGUCGGGCAGGAGCCGUGCAUCUGCUGCAAGGAAAAGAUGUAGGGAACUUUAUUGUGCGUCAAUCAAGCAAACCCAAUACCAUGGCUCUGUCUGUUCGACUGCCUGAAGAUAAAGGACCCUAUGUGGAACACUAUUUAAUUGAAACUGUGGGCGAUGCUCAGUUGCGGCUGGAAGGCUCCGACAACAAUUUUCAUGCCAUCCCCAUGUUGGUAGCUCAUUAUUGUCAGUGCUGUGAUGAAUUACCUGUGCAACUAGCAUUGCCUACCCCACUUGCUCAAGCUGGAUCCAGACAGGAGCUAUCUUCUUUGGCUCUCUUAGGACAAGAUUUUUGGCUUUCUAGUCUUGUCAAAAGUCCUACUUCUGGUCCUCCAUUAGGAUCUUAUCCAGGUCCUGAGACUAGUGAAAAUUUACAUUCCACAUUUAAACCAGGUUCAACCAGCAGUCGCAAUGGACUUUCACCACCAUCAACUCUACAUUUGAAUAUGGAACAGCCUCCUGAUGUGAGCUCUUUAAGCAGUGGAUCUCCACCCCCACCUGUUGCUCCAAAACACCAGAGUCACAGUGCACCUCCUCCUCCACCUCCUCGUUCCUUUCUCACUUCAAGAACUUCCUCUUGUGCCAAUAUUCCAAAUAACCAACCUUCUGACACCUCUCCAGAGUUGUCUUCCCCUAGUACCAAUAAUGAUUGCAAAGGACAGAUGAAUGGCACAGAGUUAGAGAAGGAGAUUCCAAAAGCAGAACCUGAGACAAAAAAAGUUGAGAAGAAGAUUCCAAGGGUAGCCCACUACAAGCAGUCAAAUAUAGUUGACUUGCCUCCUGCUUAUUAUAAAAGCAGCCUUGCAGAUAAGAUUAGUGAUUAUGAAGACAUAUGGGGCAAUACUGUUUCCAAAGAUGGGGAGAGGAAAUCUAAGCUCAAAACUUUUCAACCUUCUUUGAAAAUGGAAGCUGGUGGGGCAGAGAAUGUAAAGCAUAGGACCCACGAAUUUUUCAAGCGACAGCAAAGUGAUAAUGUGCUGACAGCUAAUUUCCAUUACACAUACACCCAGGGAACACAAACAGAUAUAUUCUCUUCAGAUGGACCCUUGGAAGCUCCAGGAAGAGAAGCGAGCCCUGGCGAAAGCUCGUUGGACAAUUCUUCGCCAGAUGAUCGUGAUAAAUUUUCUAGUCCAUUUUAUUCAGAACCAGUUGAUUCCUUACCUAAGGAUUCUAGUAGCCCUGCUGAUGACAGGGACUAUUUGCCUCAAAGACUGUUUAAUCAUCGGUUUUCUGAUCCUAAUUUACACUGGCCUCAAAAUGCCCAAUGCCGAAAGGUGGAUGUAACUCUUGAUGAGGAAAGAUUAGCCAGCCUUUCCUCAAGUGUUGAUAACAUCAAGGCAUUGGGUCCUUCUCCAGUUCAUAGGAGGCAACAAAAUGUAGCUCUUUCAACUCAGUGGGUACAAGAAUUGAACCAAAGAAUAUCCUCCCACUCUCUAAAAAAAGACUGCCAAACGCAAGUGUCAAGCCAUGAUUUGGUUACUCAAAAACUUCCAGUCAAAAAGUCUUCCACACCAAAAAAGUCAAAGGGACAUGCCCCAGGUAGUAGUGCAUGGCCUCUUGAUUCAUCAUGGGAAUGGAUGGCCCAUGAUGACACUAGCAGUGAUGAAAAUGACAUUUUACCAGGCACUUUGGGUUCUAAAUUUCCACUUCAUAUGGGCUAUAAAGACACUGAUAGUCACUUAGGGGAUAUGACUACUGUUGGCGAUAUCAUAGCUCUUCAUUCUCCUGAAUUAUCUCUGCCAAGUAUUGGGCCAUUGACACAAAGCAAUGUGAUGCGAGUUUCGGAAUAUGACAACCUUGAUCGCGAGCCAGACCAUUCACAAGAGUUGACAGAUAGGCAACGUGCCAGUGAAGUUCUUGACGACACAGCAACUGAAUUUUGUGAACCUUGGGAUAGUUUGAGAUGGGAGAGGUUACUACGGUUGGUAAUUCCAGAAACAGAUAUUCUUGGUGAUGAUGAUACAGUGCAGAGAGAAAAAAUGGAAAAUCAAAGGAACUUUAUACUAGAAAAUAACAAGAAAAAUGAAAUUCAGAAACCAACUCCUCAUACCAUGAUGGGCUUUGAAGACACUGAAAGUAAUUCCACUGUCAGUGCUUAUAGUGAUGCCACUAGUGAAGGACUGGAUGAUACUUCUGCUUCUGAAUAUCCAAACGAAGGGUACAGGAGUAAAAGUUUUGAAGAAAGAUUGGAACCUUUAUUAGCUGCACAAAGGAUAGUUGCUCUACGAAACAGAAGUUCAUCCAAAAUUGGGGAAAAUAUACGCCAUUAUAUUUUUAGGUUAGCAGAUGAGCGCGACAACACUUUUGCAAAAUCUAUUGAACAUUUCAUUCAAUGCACAAAGGAGAGUACUGAAUCAAAGCCUGCUGUUGUCAUGCGAAAUAUUCGUCAGUUUAUGAGCGGAAUUAAGAAUUAUCUUUUGAAACAUGGAGAAGGACGAUUUGAAAAUUUACUACAAGAAGAGCGAAGUAAACUGAAAUCAGAUGAAUUCUUAGACAUUGAUGCUGUCAUUGAAGAUUCUCUUCAUAAACUGGUUAUCAAACCCUUGAAAGGUUAUAUUUAUCAACUGUUUGUUAAUGAAUAUACAAGGAAUGGAUCUUUGAAACUUUUGUCUGACAACAUAAAAUUUGCACGUACAAAAUCACCAGAAGAAUUGGGUGUUAGACCUGAAUUCAAGCUUCCUGAAGGCACUUCUCUGGAGGUUGUAAAUCAUUUUUUCAAUCGUUUGCAGCAAGCAUAUUCACCUUUGAAAAAGUUAGAAAAUUUAUUGGCGGCCAUUUCCACAAUUUACAAUAGUGUUCAGCAAGACAAAAUUGCUCAAGGAAAGGAACAUGUAUCUUUAGGAGCUGGAGAUUUCCUUCCAAUUUUCAUCUGUGUUCUGGUGCGUUGUGGCCUAAUUGCUGCAGAAAUAGAGGCAGAUUAUAUGUGGGGACUUCUUCAUCCCUCUCUUAUGGCUAGAGAAGGAGGGUAUUACCUCACCACCCUAAGUAGUGCUGUACAUGUCUUAAAAAGCCUUCAGGCUUGUAGUCCCGAAAUGCCUCAAAAUCAAGUGGAAGCUUUUGAUAACCUUCCAGCCUCAGGGGUUAGUUAUGGAACAGACAUGGGGAGUCCUAGAUCACAACUUGGCAUCAAAACACCUUCUCCAGAACCAAGACUUGCAUGCAUUGCAGAUCUCCAGGGUUUUCUGAAGAUCAUGAUUCCAGAUGAAUUGACUGGCAGUAUUAUUUCCAAAACACUUCCAAUAAAGCCAAACAUGACGACAAAAGAAGUUGCUAAAUUAAUUGCUCACAAAUUCAAUAUAACAAACCCUCAGGAUUACUGUCUCUUUAAACUAGUAAAUGGUGAAGAAAUUAUGUUGGCAGACAGUGAAUGUCCGCAAGUAAUAAAAGCUGACCUAAUGGCUGCGGGCACCAAUUGUCUCUUCACGUACAAGCGCUGUGAUGCCAAAUUCAUUUGGCCUAUAAUGGAGAAAUCUCCUUGAUCAUCUUCAGGAAGGUUUACAAAGAAGUUCAAAAAUAUUUUCAAUUUGGAAACUUUUAACAAAUUUGCCUCUGAGCUGAUCUGCUUAAGAGGAAACCUUUGUAAUUUGUGCCAGAUUGUGGAACUAGUUCAUUUUAGUGUACAGAAAUUGAAUACUUAUGUUUCUUCUCCUACAUUAAGAAAAUAAUCAUUACUAAAAUUCUGAGAAAAUAGUUCUUAUGAAAUAGAACAGGAUGUCCAUUUAAUUGCAUUCAAAUUUUAAAUAUUUUUGUCUCUUAUAGUAAUCUGAAUAAUCAUUUGAACUAAUUGUCAGUUAUGUUUUUAUAUAUUUAUAAUUCUAUGAAGCAUUCUGUUUUCAAUUUUAUGAACACAAGUUAAUAUUCAUUAUAAAAUCGAAAAAGUUUACCCCUUGAAUGGGGUAUUAUUAAAAUUAUUUAAAAAUAUAAUAAAUUGAUUUUGGUAGAGAAAAAUAAACUUUCACUAAAUGUAAAUAUCUACUAUAAUUUUUAAAAUUUUCAUUCUGUAAAAGUAUUCUUAUUUUUGAAUGUAUUUACUUAAAUUAACACAUAGUUCAAUAUUUAUACAACAUAUUUGUUCAGUUAUUUUCUAAUAUAUUCACAUCCUGUUCUAUUUUAGAAGCUCAUUUUUAUUCUUCCAAUUUAAAUUUUUAUUUUUCUGAAUAGAAAUUUUUAUUUCGUUGGUUCUUUGAAUGUUUGUGAAUUAUUAUUGUUAUCAUCAUUAUUUUUGCAGAAGAAUUCUGUUGUAGUAAAAUGACACUCAUGUGAUUUAAUUUUUUCUUUAUUAAAAUUAUCCUUUUUUUUUACCCUUAGAAUAUUUAUAUAAUUGUACAUGUCAAUUUAUGUUUACAUAUAUAUUUUUGCAGCUUCAUUCAACUAGUCUUAUUAAAUCUGAAGCUAUGCGUUUUUGAAAAGUGUUUUUCUGUGUAGUGUGUUGUACUUAAUAAAUAUAAACAAUACUACACUUUGUAUGAUGUUGUCUUCUGCCAUUUUCAAUGCAGAUAUAUUUACUAGACAAUAGCUCAAACUUAAUGUGUAUUUGUAGCCUUUUUGUUGAUAAAAUGAUUUUUUCUGACAUUGUUAGCAGGCUUUUGCAUUAAAGCAAACUUUAAAAUGUCCAAGUGUUCUUCAAAUUUAUUUUAAUCCGUUAUUGAUUGAAGUUUUCUUUACUUCAUAGAAUAAAAUUCAAUUUCAUAGCUUUCGACUUAAUUUAAGCUUUAAUUCUCGAUUAUGUGUAGAAAGCUGUAAUUAAUUGAAGCCUGUUUAAAAUAGCUCUCUGAACUAGUAUAAUCAAUUAUCUCAUAAUUGUUGUACAAAAAAUAAUCCAUACUGCUCUGUGCCUUUAUGCGUGCAAACUAGAUUGGGUCAGGUUUCUAUCUUAUUUCUUUUUUCAUUUAUUGGGAUGUAACUUACAUUGCACAAUAUUCGAAGCACAAUUUCUUACACAAUAAGAAGUAUUUUUCUGAUAUAAUGAAUUCUGUAUUUAAUAAUUCAACAUUUUAUUUUUUUUGUGCAUGAACUAAAUACAAUGGUAAGCCAUAAUUGCUUUUAAACUGACUUUGGGAUAAUAAGAUGAUGAUUUUUGUCAUUUUUUCUCUUAAAAUGAAGCUAUUUCUAUGACUAGUAAGCACUUUUUUUUGUGUUAUAUAUAUACUAUAUUUGUAUGAUUAUUUAAGAAAUUGAUUGUAUUUAUAUGAUUUUAACUUUAUUCAGUAUAGUUACUGUCAGAUCAUUUAUAUGUCACUAUAUUUCAUCAUAAUUUUUUAUGGCUGUAACUUAGUGAUUUACAGAUUUUAUUGCGAUUAAUUUAUCAGAAACUAAGUCAUAAUAACCAUCUAAGAAAUAUUUAUAUGCACUUCAUAUUUAUGUCAAUAUUUUUUUAUAUAUAUAAUAUUAAUUGUGAGUAAUAUUCCCUGGUAUAUGCAACUAAAUUUAUUUUUAUGUCUGAUUUUUUAUAAGCAAUUAGCCAUUUUUUUAUUAUAGGGGAAGGAGAAUAUAAUUUUCAUUAUUCCAUUAAAUAUCAUUUUAUCUUUCUCAUUGUCGGAAAAUUUUAGGUAUUCUAUUAUUUUCAUAGAAAAGAAAUCAAAUCAAAUAGGUACCCAUCAACCUACAUUUAUUAUGUUAAGGGGUAUUCUUACUGUAUAGCAUAAACCUAAUUAUUGUAAACUGCAAUGUCAAAGUUUUUAUACCAUGGCUGAAUAUUGUUAGUGCAAAAAAAGAAAGAAAAAACUUCAAAAUUUGGUGCUUUUUAUUUUAUUUUAUUAUUAUUUUUUUCUUUUAAAUGUUUAUCAGCUUACUUUUCAUAGAAGUAGCAAUGUGAAGGUAUAUAAAUAUUAAAUGAACUAGUCCAGAUAUUGAUACAUACGAAAACUUUAUGCAAAGACUUUUGUAUAUAUAUUUACUCAUGUUGCUGAAAUACUGUUUUCUGUAAUAGUUUCUUUUUCUGCAGUAUCCACUGACCCACAUCUGUCUAUACUGUAUAUUUUGUUACUCCAACUUUUCUAACAGCUGUCAGCAUUUGAAUGCAGUUUUAUCUGUACAAGGAAUAAGGUGCCUGUUUUUAAUUUAUAUUUUAAUAUUGUGUACAUAAAUUCCAUACUCAGUAGGGUAAAAUACACAAAGGAGAUACUUUAGUGGGUGUUUUUCUUUGCUGGGGGGAAUAGUAAUGUUUCCUUUCCUUUCCUUUUUUUUUUUUUUUUUAAUUUAACAUUUUAUGUUAGUUAAACAUUAUCAGAAAAUUAUUUCAUAAAUGUGGAUGUAUUUUUGUGCAAAUAGAAACAGAAGAAAUAAUUUAAAAAUUCGAUAAAUUGUUAUUUGUCUCUUGUUGUAUCUCCAUUGUAUGCUCAAUUUAAACAUUAGGAUAGCACAUAAGUGGAAAAAAUUACUUAGUUUUGAGUUAAUAUUAAAUGCAGUCUUUUACAAUUUCUAUUAAAAAUAAAUUAUUUGUAUAAAUUUAUUAUUAUUUCUUUUAAACUUCAAAUAUGCAAUAUCCUUUAAAUGAAACUGUCUGAAAUAUAUCAGAUAGGCCAUUUCUGUAAAAACGGAGUGAAUUAGACAGUUUGAAAUUUGUUUUUGUGAAAAACUAGAAUCAGUAAUAGUCUAGAAUUUCAAUUGUCCAUUAUUCUAAUGAAUGUGAUCUUCCACUGGAAAUAUAAGUGCCCAAAAAUGGUAAGGAGUGUGAUUCAGUUUACAUAUUUGUAAUUUGUUUAUGUGAACUAUGCACUUCAAUUCUCUUUCAUUGAUGGAAGCAAUGCAGACAUUCCUAUAAGUAUGAAUUUUUAAUAAUGCAUUGUAGCUUUUUUAGAGUAGCAAUUCUGUGUAUGUAUUCCUAUUUGUAUGAGGAAUUUCAAGAAAGAAUGGUGAACGAAUUGAAGUAGUUAGAAUUCAUGAAGCAAAUGGUCAUUUUUUAUAGUACUGUGAAUAUUUAAUAAUUACAAACUUUUCUACCCUUUGAUUUAUACUGAAUAUUUUGUACAUUUUUUAUCUUAUUAAUACUCUAGUUAAUUUUUUUGUUCAUACUUUUUAUUUUCAAUAUUCAGUUUAAAAAAAGCUUGAUGGUUUCUUUUUAAAAGUUAUAAAAUUCUUUUAUAAGAUACUCCCACUAAAAUUUGUAAAUACUCCUUUAUAAGUUAUUUUUUUCAAAAUCUAUACUCUUACUAGGGUUUUUUUUUUCUUAUGAGUAACUUUAAGAAAUGUUUUACCACAAUUUUUAAUUAUUUAUUGAUUUUAAAUUUUUAUUGAGCUACAUUCUGAUUAAAAUAUACCUUUCAUUACCAUGCAAUUAGCAAAUACAUUGUGGCAGUUAUAUAUAUACUGAUUUUCUUUUCAUAAGCCAUCUCCUUUGUUGAAUCUGAUAUAUAUAGUUUGUGAAAAUCAUGUAUUCAUAGCAUCUGAUUUCUCAUUAUGAAUAAAUAACGCUGCAUUACAUGAAUCUCUUGGCAGAGAUUUUUGUUCUUAUUCUUUGUUUGAAAUAUUUUGUUUUCUGAAUAAAAUGUGAUCAUGUGAGCCCUUUUCAUGAAUUGUGUGAUUCAACUAUAUACUGAGAAGAGUGAUUGUCCUUUAGCAAGGAUUCUGUAUGAAUGUAUAAUUUGCUUCUUGUGCUCCAUCUAAUAAAAGUUAAUUUAUAUUA